AUGACAAAGCGUCUAAAUGAUUUGAAACAAUCUAUUUCAAAUACAUUUUUUAAGCGAAAUAUACAACACCGAAACUUGGAAUUUUUCAGCAUUGCAUGGUACCAUGAUAGCACAGACGACAUAAAAGAUGAAGCACUACUAAAAUUGCGUCAGAAAAUCAAUGGUUUACUAGAAUUUUUGUCCAUAAACGAACUUCAUGAAUACUUCGAAACGACUUCUGCAGAUGAUAAUCAAAUUCUCUUGAUUGUAUCAGCAAAGUUCACUAGCGAUUUGUUAGCAAUUGUUGAACAACUCGAACAAAUAAUAUCAAUUUUCAUCUUCUCUGGUGGAAUACAAGAAGAGGAUGUGAAAUAUUUGGUUCCGAAAUGCAGCAAGAUCAAAGGAUAUUAUUCGACGAUUGAGGAUAUAAUUCAAAAUGUUGAAAAUGAGCUAACGCGACUUUCUCAACUUGAAGAUUUAGAGAUAUCCAUUGACAUAUACGAUCGAAUCGAGUCUGGUGAAAAUUCUAACGAUAAAGCAAAAUUUCUAUGGCUUCGUUUACUAAUAGACGUAUUGAUAAAGAUCGAGGAUCAAUGUCCACCCGAGAAAAUAUUGACUGAGUAUGAACGACACAUUUCUAGAAAACUACAGCAAAAUGAUGAAAUAUCUUUUCGAGAGUUCACAGAUAAAUAUAUUGCAAAGAUUCCUGUACGGCAGUUUGUUGCCGUUUGCAAGCAGCAUUGUGAAGGAAACCGUGCUCAACUAGCAAAGUUAAUGAAAUUCGAAGAAACAUACACCCCAUCACAAUCGCUCCUAUGGUUUACACAGGAACCCUUCAUUUUUCGUGUGCUGAACAAGGCACUACGCUUUCAACAUGUUGAUAUUCUUUAUCAAUAUCGGUUUCUUAUUCGUGACCUUGCUACUCAGUUAAGCACACAAAAGAAUGACGAAAUGAACUUUCAUGUUUAUCGCGGUCAGGUAAUGACUAAUGAAGAAUUACAACAGGUAACGAAGCCAACAAAUCAAUUUGUAAGAUUUAAUUCAUUUCUCUCGACAUCAAGAGAUAGAGAAAUUGCGCAAGCUUUUGCUAUUUCAAGUCUGAUCGAUGAAUCAAGGCAACAAAUGGUUUUAUUCGAUAUUGAAAUCAAUUCUCAGAUCGAUGAUACUAGAACAUAUGCCGAUAUUUCUCAGUGGAGUACAUUUCCCGAAGAACAAGAAAUCUUAUUCAUGUGUGGUAGUGUAUUUCGACUUACGCGUGUCGUUCAGCAUGAAUCUGGAUUGAAAAUAAUUGGACUAGCUCUUUGUAACGAGAACGAUGAUGAACUUCGAAGAGUAUACGAGGAUUUGAAGCAUGAAUAUUUGAGUGAUGCAAGAAAUAUAAGUCUUCUUGAUCUGGGAAACAUUUUGAAAGAUACUAAUAGAACUGUAGAAGCAGCAAAAUAUUAUUUUGAAUUAAUGAAUGCUGUUGAGGACGGCGAUCCACUUAUUCAACGAUGCCUUCACAAUUUAGCUUUACUCCGAUAUAAACAAUGCGAUUAUGAAUCGACACUGGAAUACUUACAAAUAGCUCUCGAUCUAGAAGUAGUAUCGUCGGAACGUGAAGAAUCGUUCAUCUGUAGUAUAUAUAAUUGGAUUGGCAAUGUCUUUUUAAUGAGACAAAAUUUCGAUCGAGCUUUAGAAAAUUACAAUGAGGGUCUAAAACAUAAAUCAAAGAUUGAUUCUCGUGAUCAACUUGGUGAAAUUAAGCUGUAUGCAAACAUAGCUAACGUAUAUACUUAUCAGAAACGCUAUGAACUGGCACUAGAAAAACACUUGGAGUGUUUGGCGAUGAAGCAAGAAAUUCUCCAAGACUUUCAGCACCCGAUGAUUGCAGCAUCUUAUGUACAUAUUGGUAUUGUGUAUACAAAACUAAAGCGAUAUCAAGAGGCUAUCGAUAUACUAGAAAAAGCCUUGAAUAUUCAGUGUAAAGUACUUGGUACUGAUCAUCUCGAUGUUGGAGUAACACUCUACAAUCUUGGUGUCGCAUAUGAUGAACAGAAAAAUUACGAUCGAGCAAGUCAAUAUUAUUUGGAAGCAGUAGAAAACUUUCCAAUCAACCAUGCCUAUUUCAAGAGAGUACAAGUGGCUAUGAAGGAAAUUGAAAACAAAACUCACUAA